AUGCCUGGCUUCGGAUCGUUUGAGUGGCUCUGUGAGCAGCCAGUUCCUCCAACCCAGCUGACGCAGCUACCAGGCAAGCACGCGCCCCUCCCGCAGUGCAACCUCUUCUUUUCACAGCUGUUCAACUACAAUCCCGGGUCCCGGGAGCUCUUGACUCUCUUUCCAGCUUCCUCGCCCUUCUUCUCCUACUACAAUGUUACGGCCGCGUCCCGCGCAAUCGAUCCCAAUGUCCUCCUCGCUGUCGACCAAGCGGGUACAGGCAUCGGGCAGAACUGCAGCAUUCUGCGUGUCCAGCAUGGGGGCAGCGGGGACAUUGGCCUCGUCGUCGUCUCCGGACUCGCUUUCCUCCUGGGCAUUUCCCUGGUGAUCCAUGCUGGCCUGAGGAAGGCGGCAGUUGCGCGUGACGAACACCGCAUCCUCCUUGUCGCCUUCGCCAUCUUAUCCGCCCUGCAAGCCGUCACGAUGUCUUCGAUGCUCAAGCAAGGCUCGACCGCCCUCGUGGUUCUCUCCUCUCUGCACCUUGCGUUGAGUGCAGCGUUUGGGUACAUCCUGAUUGCGAAUGCCCUCGUUGCAUGUCAGUUUCUAGAAGACGGAUCGAUCGCAUCUCUCACCCCGCUGGGUAUAUUCGUAACAGCGCUCUUCACCGCCACCCUCUACAUAUCGCUCUCGACUGGGUUUCACUGGAACUCGGUCUUCUUUGUCACGACCAACAAGCUUGGGGAGCUGAAGAACACGCCAUUGUUUGUGUUGACCGUGCUGUGGCCAGUUGUCCGACUCACAACACAGGUCUCGGCCCGCAAGGUUGGCGGGUCGAUCAUCUGGGCGAUCGGCAACACACUCUCUCUCGCCCUCAUUCACGCCACUUGGGAUCUCAUCACGGAAGACGAGUGGAGCGACACUUUCGACCGUUUCUAG